AUGUCUUCAGGCAGAGGCAUCAAGCUCACCGAGCAGCACCUGCGGCUGAUGUACGACACUUUUUGCCUUCUGGACGACGACAAGGAUGGGCGGAUAGACAAAGACCAGGUGCGCGGAAAAGUUGAACUUCGGUCAUUUCUUUCGUUUUUGAACUUAAUUGAAUUCCCACUUUCAAUAUUUUAUUAA